AUGUCCUUUGCAAAUAAUAUCCACAGAUCCGGACCAGCGAUCCUAUUUAAAAAUGAGUUUUCUACUGCAGUGUAUCCAGCAAUCCCUCUGAACAAUAUUACUAAUGUAUACUUCGAAUUUUGUGUGGAUUUCUUCCGCGGUCGCUUACUGUAUGCGGAAAACGCGAGCGUGGGAACGUUUAUUUCGGUAAAGUUGACCAGUCCAGCCCUAGUGCGUCUGGAAUUAAGGCUUCUGAAAGAGGAAUACGAGAACGAUCCGCAGCCGGAUUACGCGUAUAUUGUGAUUAGUGCGCCGGUACAAAACGGAUCCGCCAAGGCGGGCAACUGCAGAUGGCAUAGCCUUGAUAUUCGAUUGGAUUUUUUCAAUCACAUUUUGCUACUUGUCGUUGAUGGUAACGCUGCGUACUCCUCAUCUGUGCGCGAUGCGCUGGGUUGGCCCACGGAUGCAUUUGGCCAAAUGACCUAUUUCGGUCGCCUGCAAAGCUCGUUAUUUACGGAUACAAGCAAAAUUUUGCACUUCACGGCCUCCAUGGAAAACGCAUUCAUGGGAACAUUGAGAAAUUUGUUUGUGCGUUCGUGGACAAUCAAACGUGGAUUAAAUUAUGCUGUUUCUGGAGAAACGAAGGAGCCAGUACAACAAUCUAGCCUCAUGAUUCCAAGUAUGCUAUUAAAUUAUGCUGUUAUAUCACCUGGAAUUUCAAACUGCUACCUACUGACACGGAACAAGUACAUUUCGCGGACAGGUGACCAAAUGAAGAAGUCCUUUACGCCGAAUUUUAAUGUCCUGAAUUUGCUUUCCUACUUCUAUGGUUGUCCGCCUGGAUCUUUGUGUCUCGACAGGGAGGAUGGACCCUCUUGCGGAUGUGGCGUUAAGGAUCCCACCAAGCAGUUUUGCAGUCUGCGUACGUCGAACUUACCGAAUGUUUUCUAUUAA